AUGCUGCCCCCGUCCCGCACCCAGCUGGGGCUGUUCUUCAUCCUGCUCUGCCCCGCCAACAUCAUCGGGCUCUGGUGGGCAGUGGGCAGCCCCCUGGUCAUGGACCCCAACAGCAUCUGCCGGAAAACCAAGCGCCUGGCGGGGAAGCAGGCGGAGCUGUGCCAGACGGAACCCGACAUCGUCCAGGAGGUGGCCAAGGGCGCCAGGCUGGGCGUGCGGGAGUGCCAGUACCAGUUCCGCUUCCGCCGCUGGAACUGCACCAGCCACAGCAAGUCCUUCGGCAAGAUCCUGCAGCAGGAUAUCCGGGAGACGGCUUUCGUCUACGCCAUCACCGCAGCUGGCGUGAGCCACGCCGUCACCCAGGCCUGCAGCAUGGGCGAGCUGCUGCAGUGCAGCUGUGAGGUGACGCGGAGCCGGGCGCCCCCGCUGCCCACGGCUGGCCCAGGCGCCGAGGGCUCCUCCUGGGAGUGGGGCGGCUGCGGGGAUGAUGUGGACUUCGGCUACGAGAAGUCCCGGCAGUUCAUGGACGCCAAGCGGAAGAAGGGCAAGAGCGACAUCCGCACCCUCAUCGACCUGCACAACAAUGAGGCCGGGCGCCUGGCGGUGCGAGGCUACAUGCGGACGGAGUGCAAGUGCCACGGCCUGUCGGGCUCCUGCACUCUGCACACCUGCUGGAAGAAGAUGCCCCACUUCCGCGAGGUGGGCGACCGCCUGCUGGAGCGGUUCAACGGGGCCUUCAAGGUGAUGGGGGCCAAUGACGGGAAGACGCUUCUCCCCGUGGGCCGCAGCAUCAAGCCCCCCGACCGUCAGGAUCUCGUCUACUCGGCCGACUCGCCCGACUUCUGCAUGGCCAACCGCAAGACGGGCUCGCCGGGCACACGGGGCCGGGUGUGCAACAGCACCGCCCCAGACGUGAGCGGCUGCGACCUGCUGUGCUGUGGGCGUGGGCACCGGGCUGAGACCGUGGUGCUGGAGGAGAACUGCCUGUGCCGCUUCCACUGGUGCUGCGUGGUGCAGUGCCGGAAGUGCCGCGUGCACCAGGAGCUCAGCCUCUGCCUCUGA